ACGCGACGCCAGCGCUCGUCUUUUCUCUUUCAGGAAUCACACGAAACCUUAACACAGGUGGAGAAACUGGGAUUUUCUUGAGAUAUAUCCAUGGCGACCCAGACUGAUCCUCAUAUCUCGCUCUUUUCUCCUCAAGAGGUUGAGUCUAUGGCAGAGGACGAACUGGUGGAGAUUGUUCCCAAUAUGAACAUGGAGCCGCUCAAUUUCAUCGCUUUAAUUUUUUGAACCGAUGGUGACAGGGGGGAUUUUGGUCGGUUCGUUCCUCAGAUUCCUACACAAGUGCCUCUGUGGCUUGCAGUGGCUCUGAAGCGGAGAGGCAAAUGCACUUUCAGUUUCAGGCCACCACAGUGGUUGUCUGUUGGUAAGAGAAACACUGCAUAUUUUGCAGAUAAUUUUUUUUUUUUUGAAGGCUUAAGCUCUAACUUGGAAGCAGAACGGGAACCUCAGUCAAAAUUUCAGGCAUUCCAUUUAUUUGGUUAUGUGGAGAUUGCUAGACUGCUUUUUGAUUAUGCACGUGAUGAUAUUCCAGACAUGUAUAUGGUUAAAUUUCAUCUUGUUCUGCUCUUUUUGGUAUUAAGCAUCUUUGCGAUGGAACCCAUAUUGUUUCAUUUCAACAAGUAUAAAGCAACACCCAAUGUGGAGUCAAGGGCUUGUACUAAAGCAGUAAACAUGCUGAUUAUUAAAGACACGAACCAACUCAUGUUGUAUUAG